AUGUCCGACUCCGACGGCUCCUGGUCCGCCGAGAAUGAGGAACAGUUCUGGGAAGCGCUAAACACAACACUGUCCUCCACCUGCGCCACACCAGAGCAACUCGACGAAGCCUUACGAUCAUGGCUCGAUUUAGUCUCCAAUGCCCGGGACAAAUAUCUCGACAGCGAAGACGACGUCGCCCGUUGCUCAGAAAUGCUCCUCGCCAGCCCCAUCUUCGAAAGCAAUAGCAAUUACGUUCGCACCCAGCUUAUCUACAGUCUUCUACAAGAGGAAGAAUAUGCCCAGCUUCAUGUGUACGCCAAUUUUCUGCUUCUUGCGGGCCGCACUGAGGAGGAUACCUUCCGAACCAUGAUUGAGGAAGGCUGCUUUGUUCGGCUUCUUGAGCUGAUCAAGGGUUGCGGGGCGACAGACGCGCGACUGCAUCGACUACUCUUGCAGCUGAUGUACGAGAUGUCUCGCAUUGAACACCUACGCCCCGAGGAUCUGUUGCAGGUUGAUGACGGGUUCGUCAUGUAUCUGUUCCGGCUCAUUGAGUCUUUGUCUGACGACGCCAACGACCCUUGCCACUACAUGGUGAUCCGUGUCUUGUUGGUCUUAAACGAGCAGUAUAUGGUGGCUUCGACUGCAGCAGCGGUGAACCCCGGCUCUCCCACCGUGCCCGUGACGAAUCGAGUGGUCAAAACUCUGAGUGUUCAUGGGCCAUCGUUUCGCACCUUUGGUGAGAACAUUAUACUCUUAUUGAACCGGGAGACAGAGACAUCACAGCAGUUACUCAUCUUGAAGCUGCUCUAUCUUCUGUGCACCACGGCCGCGACUUACGAAUACUUUUAUCUGAACGACCUUCGCGUUCUUUUGGAUGUCAUCAUUCGCAAUUUACUGGACUUGCCCUAUGAGGCGAACACAUUACGACACACGUACUUGAGGGUCUUAGCCCCACUUCUCUCACAUACACAACUGAGCCAACCUCCUCACUAUAAAAGAGACCAGAUCCUUACCCUCAUGGACAUUCUUAGGGGAACAGGAAACACCCAUUUUAUGCCCCCAGAGGCGACCACAUUACGCCUACUCGAGAGAGUCGCAGCUACUUCUUGGUUGGUCGAUGACGAGGCGGAAUCGCCUGUUUUAAACCAUGUAGGGACACUUGCGCCUUCGGAAACCGGCAGCUCCGUGAGCGUUAUCGCGAACGUGAUGGCGAAACCGGGUCUCCAGACGCCGAGUCGGAAGUUGGGAGUAGAACCCGACCCGGAUGCGUCGACCCCCCCCUCUGAGGGCAACCCGAGCCGGCCAAAACCACCACCACCGAGGAUUCUUAGGACGAAAAUGUCCCUGCCCGAAGUACCGAAACACCGCCAUGGAGUGCCGAUUGUUCAUACACCUCCUACCCCCGAGGUUCUGGCGAGUAGUACCGUCGCACAGAGAAAACUGCCCCCGAAACUUCCACCACCUAGGAGGAAAGCGAAGCUUUUGGGUGCAGCGGGUGAUGCCCGGGUCUCAAACGAUUCGUUGCCGGCAACGAACCCAGAAACCCCAGUCUCAUGA